AUGACAGACACCGCCAAAGAAAGCAUGAUGGACGCUCAUUCCAAUUCGGUGCUGGACUCCAGCUCUCACACCAUAUCAACCUCUCUCAACGAAGGCGCUCAAGUCACAGAUGACGUCGACAAUGAAAAGCAGGUGGCAGCUCCCAGCGAUGAGUCGAACAACGAUGCUUCAGCAAAGCCAUCACCACGAAAUGUCCACGGCUUUGCCUGGGCACUAGUUGUCGCCAGUAUCCUCAUGGCCAAUUUCCUAUUUGCGACGGACAACACCAUUGCAGCGAACAUUCAGCCAGCUGUGGUCAAUGACUUUCAAUCUCUCGACAAGCUUGCUUGGCUUCCUGUGGCAUUUCUGGCGUCAUCUUGGGGGACAAACUUACUAUGGGGCGGUGUCUAUGCACGAUUCAGCAGUAAAUGGACCUUUUGUUCGAGCUUCAUCAUCUUCGCUGUGGGAUCUGCUGUAUGCGGAGCUGCACCAUCAAUGGAUGCUCUGAUCGUGGGACGAGCAAUCUGUGGACUAGGAGGUGCCGGAAUGUACUUUGGCUCGAUGGCCCUUCUAACGCAAAUGACCUCGGAACGAGAGCGGCCGCUAUACUUGAACCUCGUUGGCAUCACCUUUGGCGGCGGAACGGUAUUGGGCCCCAUCAUUGGGGGCGCGUUUGCCGUGAGCAGUGCUACUUGGCGCUGGGGAUUCUACUUCAACCUAGUCGUCGGCAGUGUUUGUGCACCAGUCUACCUCUUCCUCCUUCCGGUCCUUAACCCCCGACCCGGACAAACCAUCAUGGGACGAGCACGAGAAAUCGACUACAUCGGCGUCAUCUUGCUUUGCGGUCUAAUUGUGUCUAUCGUCAUGGCCAUUUCCUUCGGCGGAGUAGAAUAUGCGUGGAACUCCGGACAGGUCAUUGCUCUCUUCGUCGUCUCUUUCGUGCUUUUCUGUGCUUUCUUUGUCCAACAGAUUUUUGCAAUUGGGACAGAGCCUACGCACCGCAUCUUUCCACUCCAUUUCUUCAAAUCCACGGCCAUGAUCGUUCUCUUUUUAGAGAUCGCCUGCGCGGCAACCUGCGUCUUUGUACCCGUCUACUUCUUACCCCUAUACUUUCAAUUCGUCCGCGACGACUCUGCGAUUCUUGCCGGAGUCCGAAUGCUACCCUUCGUCGCCUUCCAAACCGCUAUUGCAAUAUUGACGGGCUGGCUGGCUGGUAAAACCGGUUACUAUGUCCCCUGGUACAUCCUUGCGGGCAUAACCUGCCUCCCAGGCGCUGCUUUGCUGUAUACCGUCAACCAGAACACGCCACUGGCCAAUGUGUACGGCUACGAAAUCCUCAUCGGCUUGGGAUCCGGCGCAAGCACUCAGCUAAAUUUCGCUGUUGCUUCUAUUAUGGUCGAUCCCAUCGAUAUACCGCACAGCACCGGCUGGAUCGCGUUUGCGCAAUUGGGCGGGCCAACAAUCGCAAUUAGUAUCGCGAAUAGCGUGUUUCUCAACAAGGCGCAUAUCGGUCUCAAAGAAUUGUUGCCGACUAUGUCGACGACGAAUAUUAGUACCAUCAUCUCGGACCCGAGCAGUCCGCUACUGAGGGAUUUGCCGCAGAGUGAGCAGAGUCAGGUGGUUCAUACUGUGAUCGACAAGCGUGACUUCGACGCCAACCGACCCCUCCUCGACCAUGCAAGCUUAGACAAUGAAUCCGGCGCGUUAGACGAACCGCGCAUUUCCAGACUCUCCGCAGACAGCGAUGGCUCCGACCGACCCGGUGAAGGGCUACUGAGCGAAGUAGUCGAAAACAUCGUGGAGCGGGAUCGGGCAAAGAUGAAGCGGGAGGUAAUACGUAUAACGAGUUUUGUGUGGAGUGUUUUGAGCUGCCUCGGCGCUGGAAGUAUCACGGCAUUCUCCCUCUAUGGACCCCUGCUACUUACGCGCCUACAAUACUCGCAAGACCGCGUCAAUGGUAUCGCGGUUGCUGCGGAGGUAGCUAUGUACCUUCCCGUGUCGAUAUUUGGGUAUUUAUGCGACCGAUACUCGCCCUCUCCCGUGUCGUUACUUGCAGGCAUAUUCUUCGGGGCGGGAUACCUACUUGCAGCACUAUCGUAUAAGAGUGGUCCACCGGUUGACGUUGGGGGGUCGGGUUGGCCUUAUUGGGUCAUGGUCGUGGCAUUUGUGUUGAUUGGUAUGGGAACAUGUUGUCUCUACGGCGCAGCAGUCACAACAUGCGCAAAGAACUUCGGGCGAGGAAAGUACAAAGGGAUUAUGUUGGCAGUGCCCAUUGCCGCAUUUGGGUUGAGCGGUAUGUGGCAGAGCCAGAUUGGUAGUCAUGUACUAUGCGAAAGACUGGCGGAUGGUUCCUGCAGUGAGGCGGUAGAUGUGUUCCGGUAUUUCAUCUUUUUGGCAAUUCUCCUGUUCGCUAUCGGGGUUGGUGGAACGGCGGUAUUGCGGAUUGUCGAUGAUGAGGAACAGGAGAAGUAUAUCGAUGAAGCUGUUUCGGAGCUGGAGCGGAGUGGGAUACUGGGUGAAGAUGGGUUUUUCCGCCCGCGUGAGGAGGUUAGAGCUGCGUAUGGCACAUUUCAGAAUGAGGGCAGUGAUUCGGAAGAUCUUGCGGAUGCCCGGUCACUGACGCUCUCGGAGGAAGAGCGUGCCGAAUUACGUCGUCAGAAAGAGCGAGAGGAGGAAGAGCGUCAGAAGAAGAACUGGCUCUUGAAUCACGAGACCAGGCUGUUCUUCAAGGACCAUACCAUGUGGUGGCUCGCUCUGGGGUUCUUUUUUGUGACGGGGCCUGGAGAAGCAUAUAUCAACAACCUGGGUACAAUCAUCCACUCCUUGACGCCCAUCUCAUAUCCUCUUCGAUCUCCACCACCGGCAGGUUCAGCCUCAACCCACGUCAGCACAAUCGCAAUCACUUCAACAAUCGCCCGUCUCCUAGUCGGCUCCAUCACAGACCUCUUCGCACCACCCGCAACACACCAAUUCAUCUACAGCCUCGACAACCCAAACCGCCAACCAAUCCCCCAUCCGACAGACCGAGGUUACAAAGGCAUUACAGUCUCGCGGCUCACCUUCCUCCUCCCGAGCGCCUUGGUCUUAUCUUUGGGCUUCUUAAUCCUUGCGUCACCCCUGAUCCUCCCUCAUCCAGGCCUAUUCCAUCUGACAACCGCCUUUGUCGGCUUCGGCUACGGCGCCUCCUUCGCACUCAUGCCCAUCAUAAUCUCCGUGGUCUGGGGCGUCGAGAACUUCGGCACAAACUGGGGUAUAGUAGCCAUGGUCCCCGCCGCGGGUGCUGCGUUUUGGGGCUUUGCAAGGGCAGUGUUUUGGAUGGAGAUGUUUUGGGUUUUGGGCGGCAGGUUGUAUGGUUAG